AUGCCUGCGUAUCCGCGAUUGUCACUGGGACCUCCGGCAGAUGCGGUGUCGAUACCCGAAGUCACGGCGCAUCCCAUCGAUUCUCAGGCACCUAGCUUUCUCAACCUCUCGGGUGAGGCACGUAACAUAGUCUACGAGCUGCUCUUCGAAUUUGAGCAGCCGAUAGCACUCUCUGUCCCGCCAUCUGCGCAUGCAUCUCAGAAUUUUGUACCUCCAGUAGCGCUACUUUCGACAUGCCGGCAAAUAUAUCAUGAAGCUGUCGGCAUCUUGUACACCCGCAACCGUUUCCUUGCCGCGACCGAAUCGGGUUCCACAUGGUUAUCUGCCCUGAACCACACAACUAGUUGGCUUUUGGGACUGGGAUCACAAGCAAGGCAUCUUCGCCACCUAACCGUACACGUCGUUCACCGCGGUCGCGACCUGAACGAGCUGCAAUCGUUUCAUCCGGUUACCGCAUCAAACGCACGGCUUUUCGAGGUCCUACCCCUGCUGCGCGCGCUCUGGGAACUUCGCUUGGACCGGUGUCACAUCCAAUACGCUCUUGCCCACCAGCAUUAUGCCAAUGAUCUCGAUGUAGACCGGUCAGACGCGCUUUGUGCAGCAGACGCCGCCUUUGCUACUAUUGCCUAUGGACCGGUCGCUCUGACUACACCACGAAAGCUGCUCGCUAGCGUCCAAAUUUCUUCAUCCGGCACUUGCCUUCUUCGAUUCAAGAGCUCAACAGAAGGGCUCGUGAGCUCCAUCGAGUGUCUUACGCCAACAGGUGCAUGUCCCAUGCCCAUCGAAUGCCUCCCUGCGGAGCUUCAUCCUCACCCUCAUCUCGUCAGACACCCAGCAAAGAAGAGCCAGGCGAGAUUGGCGGGUCUUCCCUUCAGCGUACAAGGUCGCAUCGUCUCGGCGUACAUGGCGGCUGCGGAAGAGCCGUCUUCGGCAAUUGAAGUAGACCUUGGUAUGCGCCGGAUACGUGGCCUCGAGCACCUACACGCCUUGCUCGCUCUGAAUCGCUCCUUUCGGCUGAAAGCGCUAUCCUCCAUCACAAUGCUGGCCGAGCCAGUAACGGUGCGCCUUCCGAUGAAUACCACCUCUACGGAUAAGUCGGGUUUCUGGGAUCUCCUUCGCUAUGUACGCGAAGAUGCCGGAGGUCCAGAUCGCUUCGAUUGUUUGCACUGGGCAUUCUUACGUAACAGGCAUCUGAGCAUUUCUGUUACCUUUCAGCUCACCCCCACGACGACCCUGCGCAACGUCGAAAUGGAUGUGCAUGGCUUACUUCAGAUCGAGAUGCGUCGCGAGUGGUCGUGGCCUGUGGACUUUCCUCGACCGGAUAUCCCCAUCCGUGUGCAACUUGUGCAUGUACCUGGCAAACACUCCGGCCUCCAGACAGUUCACACACGUCAAUUUCUCCUUGGCCUGUUGAAUCAGAAAAUGCUGUUGCUUCUGCGCGACGCCAUCCAGACAUCGACGAUUCAUUACCGCCACGGGAUCAAAGUCAGCACCGAUGGCCACGGAUCAACUCCGCCAGUCAAUCCCGCAAUGUCGGAAUACUGCGAGAAGUUUGGGGUAACGACGCCUGACUGGCUUCUCACGAGAGGCGUUCUGAUCUUCUGGAUGGACGGAUUCGGCGAGCCUUUGCGUGCAGACUUUGCUACCUCUGCUGGUGAUGUUGGGUUCUCGGUGCCCUACUCGCAUCCUGGACUAGCCAAUAAAGCGAUGCGCAACAAGGUAGACCGCCACUCGGACGAGGAGUGUAGUCACUUUGCCAGAGAUUAUCAAGAGGGCGUUCACGCAGGUCUCUACAAGUUGUAUCACGCACAGGCUGAAUGGGUACGUCUUUACUAUCCUCGAAUCGGUGGAAGUCAAGGUCACUAG